UCUGUCAACGAUUGUGUACCUAGACACAGAUAUAAAAAUUUGAAAGGUUAGUCAACGUUUUCAUAUAAUUGCUGAAAAUAUGGAAUAAAGAAAAAGAUUUUUACAAAACGGCAGCCAAAUUAUGCGACAUCAAUAGAUCAAUAGGCAAACGAAUUUCAAAAAGUUCUUGGGUUGAAAAAGACCUAUCAUAUUUCUCAGCCUUCAUCUGUAUCUCAAACAACGCGAACAUUGAAUGCCUGUUUUGAAGUCUUGAAAAUUUAUUAUAUAAUGGCUCAACUGUCGCUGUUUAAAAGCAUUUUACAAGACUUUCCCAAGAGCACGAAAUUCUGCUUCGCUUAUGGCUCCGGUGUCUUUAAGCAACUCAACGAACCAACAAAAAACAUGCUUGAUCUCAUUUUUGUUGUUCGUAAUCCUUAUCAGUGGCAUACCGAAAACCUCAUUAAAAAUCCAAACCACUAUGCUCAACCUCUGAAGCUCCUUGGUCCAAAAGCCAUUGCAAAAGUACAAGAAUCAGGUGGUGCACGCGUGUACUACAAUACACUCAUCCAGACAUCCAAGGGCAGAGAAAUUAAGUAUGGUAUUGUAUCUGAAAUAUCACUAGUUGAAGAUCUACUGGAUUGGAAUAUGCUUUAUUUAGCCGGAAGGCUGCACAAGCCUGUGCAAAUUAUAAUGGAGCCAGAUGAAAAUUCUCAACUAAAAACAGCUUUAGUGCAAAAUUUGCAUUCAGCUAUGCAUGCUGCGCUAUUACUUUUGCCAGAGUACUUUACCGAAAUUCAAUUGUAUAAAACAAUAACUUCACUGUCUUACAAUGGUGAUUUCAGAAUGUUUUUUGGUGAGGAUAAGAACAAGAUUAGUAACAUUGUUGUAUCACAGAUGACUGAAUUUAGAGAACUAUAUGCACCAAUAUUGAAGCAUUUUGCACAAUAUAUCGAUAUAUCAACAAAUGGCAAUGGGCGUAAAACUUGCAGUCAAGAUCUUAGUAUUCAAACUAAGAUAUAUCAUCUACAUCACUUGCCACGUACACCUCAAGUUAAGCUUGUUAGAGCCUGGUCACAAGGUCCAAGAUCUAAAGAUACUGAAGAUUGUUUUAGAGCCAUUGCACAUGAUCCUGACUCAAGUGAAAUUUUUUACCACUGUCUUACAGACAUUGUGAGGAAAUCAAGUGUAUCUCAAAGUUUCAAGGGAAUUCUUACUGCAGGUGUAGGAAAAGCUAUUAAGUAUAGUGGAGGAAAAAUAAUAAAAAUGAUGAGGUCAACCAUGCAAAAAAAACAACUUUCACUUGUUAUUUCAGCAGCUGAAGAUAAAAAAGAAAUAUUGAGGCCAGAGUUGAAAAUUGAGAGGCAGAGAAGUACAAGUGGCAUCAAAAAAAACUGACUGAAUAUUAUAUCUGUUACUGAAGUUGUCUAUUUUUAUCAUCUAUGUGAUUAAUAAAGUAUAUAAGUGCUUUUAAAGUACAUAACGCCUUUGAUUCGUGAUGGAAUUUUACUAUU